CAAGGCACGUGGUAUGUUACAAGAUGGAAAUGAGUUUGAAGAGUUUAAUGUUGACAGUAACAUUGAGAUAAUCAUUGAACUUGUCAGUGUGUUAGAUGUGUGACAUACGUUGCUGACUUGUGUUGUGUUGUGUAGUGUUGAGUGAAAUGGGAGAAGUAUUGGUGAUAAGGGGUGAGUACAAGUGUGCCAAUAGGAUACUGCAAGAAGCAGCAAGAAUGCAAAGACACGUUUUACCAACCAACCAUUGGGAGACUGCUAUAACUCUUUGUCGUAUGGCAGAAAAGCAAGCGAAACAAGACCAACAAAUGGCUGCUUUGCAGUUGUUCCAAGAGUCAUCAGAAAUGAUGAGCAAAUCAAUAGGUGUGGAACACCCAAUAAGAGGAAGAAGUUUAUUUGGUGUUGCUAAAGUCCUUGUAAGACAACAGAAGUGGGAAGAAGCAGAAAGGAUCUUGAAGGAAAGUGUCAACAUUUUGGGUGUGACUCUAGGGUACCACCCCACAACAAGUGCAGCAAUUCGAGAUCUGAACUAUUGCUUACGAAUGCUAAAGAAAGAUCAAGAAGCAGUCGACAUUUUGCAACAACAUCAACGAGCUGUUUCUUAUCAUCAAGUCGAGCAUCAAGCAAGUGCAUUUCAAGUUGAUGAUUUACAAAGAGAGUUGGAGCAGCUCAGAGAAAGCAAUCGAGCCAUUCAAGCAGAGAAAUCUGCUUUACAGCAGCAAUUGGCUGAUCAGGAGGCUGUAACUCAUACCGUCAUUGAGGAGAAUGAACGUCAAGUGGGAGAAGUAAGGAGAUUGCUGCAAGUUCUCCAGCAGUGUGAUGAAGACAUCAAACAAUUGCAAACAGCAGUUCAUGAUCAGGAACAUCUUGCAGCACAGAAACAGAGAGAAGCAAAUUAUCUACAGCAGGAAAUCACGAGAAUGACAAGCGAACUAGAUGACAAAGAGGGACAACUACAACAACAGGGAGAAGAGUUGAAUGAUAUGAGAAGCACAAUAGAAGAACAGAGAAGACAAAUUGAUGUUUUGAGGCACGAGGUACAAGAGAAGCACACGACUAAUGAACGUCUGGCAAGAGACUUGCAGAGACGUGAAAGGUCAGUGCAGGAGCUCCAACAACUUCAACGUCAAUAUGACAGCGUUAUACAAAUCCAUGAUGACAGUUUACACAUGACUGGAUUAGAGUUGGGAAAAGGAGCUUAUGGAGAGGUUGGUGUUGGCAUGUGGAGUGGUGUAGCAGUUGCUGUCAAGACAUUUCAUGAAGAUCCGGUUAGAGUAGAUGAACUCAAUAUUUCAUUCAUUCGACGUGAAGUGUCGGUGUCCAGUCGUGUCCAUCACCCCAACGUCGUAUCCAUCUGUGGAGCUAUCGCUGAGAAUGAAGUUCCUCUUCGUAUCGUCAUGGAGCUUUUGGAAGGAUCACUGAAAGAUGUGAUCAAAGCUGCUCUGAAAAGGAGAUAUCUGUCCAUGAGGGAACAAGUGGAUAUAGCUGUGGGAUGUCUGUGUGGUGUGAUGUAUCUUCACCAGCUGCAGCCUGCUCUUCUUCAUGGAGACAUUCGCUCUACCAACAUUCUCAUCAGCAAGACCAUGGAAGCCAAAAUCGGUGAUCUGGGCUCUUGUCGCUUCUCUAACGAGUCACUUUCUGUUGGUCCUCUCAGUCCACAAUACAUUGCACCAGAACGAGUUGUGGAAGGUCACGAGUUGUGGAAGGUCACGCAGUCCCCCCACCCAACACAACACAAGCCGACAUGUAUAGCUUGGGAGUCACGUUUGUUGAGUUAUUCACAGGAGUUGCUACAGAGAGGAAAUUGCGUGAAACUCAGUUUCAAGCUGUUCCUUAUGUUCCACUGCAGGACAUUUGCUAUGCUAUGGCAGAAGAGAAUCCACGUGAUCGCAUUUCUGCAGCAGCAGCUCUCAUGCAAGUGAAUGCAGUGAAGCAGAAUGAUGAGUACACUUCAUGUCCUCCCAAAAGGAUGGUGAAAGGCAAGAAACGCAACGAAGACAAAGUGACACUCGUAGAGAUGCCGUGGAUGUGACUUAGGAGCAGAUAAUUGUGAUGUAUUUGUUUGUCUGUUUGUCUCAAUUCAUCCAACUUUGCUGCUUGUUAUAAAUGCAAUAGAUGAUGUUGCAUGUGUGUAGUCUGCUGUGCAAUAUGAGUUGACAUUGAACUUUUUGAUAGUCUAGCAGUCAGUCUCACAGUUUUUACAGUUUGUGUUGAUGUGAACUACAGUAAAACGUUUGACUGUAAGUGAAUCUUUUUAUAGACAUUUAAAUGUUGUUUGUCAGUUGUGUA